CGUUAGCCGGACAGAGAUAAAGACUCACACACACACAGACACACACACACACACACACGUGCGGACGGGACAGAUGGCGGAUUCACAGCGAGCAUCCGAACCCGUCAACUUUGUGCAUCAGGACGAAAUCUGGAAAGCACAUUUAAAAGCUGAGAAGGAUUCGGCCAAAGUGUGGCCCACCAAGUGGGGCUUCCUGACGGAGGCCUACAUGGAGUACGAGAGGGAGAGUGUGAAGCUGAAGGAGGCACUCCGAGAGAAGCAUCCCCAUCAUCACCUGGCGGCACGACCUCCGACCCCUGCGGGAGAAAACGUCAAUGUUGGACCCUCUCCUCCGGUUCCUCAGACAUCUCAGGCCCUGAUUGGGUGGCGUUCGGGACAAUCGCAUCUUCAGCUGGACAAGUACGCCACGGUGCAUCAUGGGAGGCGUAGUUUUCUGAAGGAGUUGGACUGGCCUUUAGGCUCGUGCGGCUGACCACCAUUCUGUGUCUUUUGGGAUAUUUAGUGACUCAUGAAGCUACAAGGAUGUUUUAAAUAAAGAGCUUAAUCAAAUCAA